CCACGUUGCUAUCUGACUUCAACUUAUAUGUCAGAUUUGUCAAGGUUUGAACACUAUCUCCGAAAUCCUGACUCCAGCAUAAUCUCCAGGUGAAUUAUUUUUCCCUCCGUAUUUCUGCAGAAUUUCUAACCCCAUGUAAAGUAUCACGACGACUAGCAGCAGUCGAUCUUGAAAAUUACAAAAUUUCCCAGUCGUCAGCUUCCAAGCAAGACUCUGUUCAGCCACUGCCCUGGUCGGGCAUGUCGUCGGGCAGUGGCGCGGCCGUCGCUGGUGCCGACUCGGCGCCGCACUUCGUGCUGGUGCCGAUGAUGGCCGCGGGCCACGCCGGCCCGAUGCUCGAUAUGGCCCGUGCCCUGGCGGGCCGAGGCGCGCUCGUCACGUUCGUCACCACGCCGCUCAACCUGCCCCGCAUCGGCCGCGCCCCUGGCGACGCCGCGCUCACCAUCCGCUUCCUCCCGCUCCGCUUCCCGUGCGCCGAGGCCGGACUCCCCGAGGGCUGCGAGAGCGCCGACGCGAUCCCUUGCCUCGGCUUGCUCAAGAACUUCCACGACGCCUGCGCCAAGCUCCGCGAGCCGCUCGUCGCGCGCCUGAGGGAGGCCGACCCCCCCGCGAGCUGCCUCGUCUCCGACGUCUGCCACCCGUGGACAGGCGGGGUGGCCCGGGAGAUCGGCGUGCCGCGGCUCGCGUUCGACUGCUUCUGCGCCUUCUCCUCCUUCUGCAUGCGCCAGAUGACCGUCCACAGGAUCUUCGAGGGAGUCGACGACGACAAGCGUCCCGUGCGCGUCCCUGGCUUCCCCAUCGACGUCGAGAUGUCGAGGGCGCGGUCGCCGGGCAACUUCACGGGCCCCGGCAAGGAGCUCGCCGAUGCAGUCAUGGCAGAAAACGCGAGAGCCGACGGCCUGGUGGUGAACAGCUUCGCGGAGCUCGAGCCUCUGUAUAUUGAUGCCUACGAGGCGGCCAUCGGCAAGAAGAUAUGGACCGUCGGCCCUCUCUUCCUGACCACCAUGCCGUUGACGGCGACAACCGAGGACGCGAACGCCGUCCGGUGCGCGAGCUGGCUCGAGUCCAAGAAGCCCCGGUCGGUGGUGCUCGUGAGCUUUGGCAGCCUUGUGCGGUCCACGCUGCCGCAGCUCGUCGAGAUCGCUCACGGGCUGGAGGCGACCAACAGGCCGUUCAUCUGGGUGGUCAAGCCCAGCAACCUCGAUGAGUUCGAGCGGUGGCUGGCAGAGGACGGCUUCGAGUCCCGCGUCGGGGAGACGGGCCUCGUGGUGAAAGGCUGGGCGCCGCAGACGACGAUCCUGUCGCACCCAGCGACGGGCGCCUUCGUGACGCACUGCGGCUGGAACUCCGUGCUGGAGUGCCUCACGGCGGGGCUGCCGAUGGCGACGUGGCCGCACUUCGCCGAGCAGUUCAUGAACGAGAAGUUCGUCGUGGACGUGCUGCGAGUCGGAGUGCCCGUGGGCGUCAAGGACGCGGCGCAAUGGGGCGUGGAGACGGAGGCCGUGGUGGCGACGAGGGAGGACGUGGAGAUGGCGGUAGCGGCUGUGAUGGACGGCGGGGAGGAGGCGGAAGCGCGGCGGGCGAGGGCCGCCGAGCUCGGCAGGAAGGCGCGGGACGCCGUGGUGCGUGGCGGCUCGUCGUACCGGAACGUGUCGCUCCUCAAGCAACACGUCGAGCAGAAGAAGUCCACGGCGUGAGCAGGACAAUAGCCGAGCGACAAGUCAGCCGACAGAGGUGCAGACAUGUACCGUAAUGCUAACAUUAUAAAUAACGCAUCGACAGUGGCGACUAGAGUGGGUUAAAAAACUAAGUUAAUAUAUAUCUUGGUUUAUCUUAUGUGAUUAGUGAUUGAUGUUUAUGUAGUUUUUUUAAUUAAUAUAUGUAUGAUUAUAUAUUGAUUGUUGAUUUUUUUAACUAAAGCUAAAAAAAAUUGAAGUUU